AUGGCGACCAACGCAGAAAAAGUUUGGACCAUACAGGAUGUUACUAAAUUAAUUAACCUAUAUGAAGACAACCCGUGUCUUUAUAACACUUUAAUUAAAGGCUAUAAAGAUAAGGCAUUACGAAAAUUAGUAAUGCACCGAAUUGCAGAGGAAUUACAAACAACUGGCCUGAUCAUGGAAUUUGAUGAAGAAUACAAUGCAUUCCUUCAAGAUCUUCAACAAUAUCCUAAUUAUUUUCAAAUGGGAACAGAGAAGUGCAGUUCCAACUAUUGGAGGAAAAUUUCCAAAAAAUUAGAAGACGAAAAAGAAGAUCUUCUAAAAUCCAGUGAUUUAGACCAAAUACAGAAUCAUAAUUUGGAAGCCUGUGUCUCAUAUAAUUUAGGUGAUGUGGACAAGGCUGAAAACAUUAUUUCUAAAGUUUUGGAGGAUACCAACUCUUCUAGUAUCAAUGCUUGUGCAAUGAUGGCCAUAUUGAGCUUAUUAGAAAAGGAGAGAUCACAAAAGCUAAGAGAAAUUUAA